CAGCUACUACGUCCCCGGUAGACCCAAUUUAUAUUAUUCUCCUGUUCAUCUGGCUAUCAUUCUCCUGUACCUUCAUUACCUACCUUGCCAGCAGACAACAUGCCCUGUGGUUCCACGACCAAGACACCCUAUGUAAUCGGCAUGACACUGGGCGGGCGCGGGAUCAAGGUUUCACGCAAAGGAAUAGUUCACUCGGUUGGCUCGGGAACUCUGACGGACCCGCAAGUUGCGUUUCUCUACCAGAUUCCGUCAGGACAGAGCAUGCUCAACUCACAAAUGGCCGUUGCAAAGCAACUUGCUAUUGCCCAUUGCCAAAGGUGCGUCCUGAUCCGCGGACCACCCCAUCCCACAAAACUUGUUCACGAUGCCGAGGGCAGACGCAUCGCCAAGGGCAGACGCAUCGCCACGUCGUGGAAUGAUGACACAUCCGAAUUCGAAACGGACGAGGAUGACCUCCACGUCACCCUCUGGAUGGGAGUCUCAGUUAAGAGGAUCCACCUCGCCGCACACAUGUACGUGCAAGAGACGCGCGAUGCCAACGGCAACGAGAUCGUGAAGCUCAUGGACGACCCCCAAACCCAGCGGAAGCAUGCGCCCGAGGGGUGUGCCCGUGUCGGCCCUGUGGAUUUCUGGCUGACCAAGAACACAUUUCCCGAGACGGGGAAAUGCUGGCAGCAAAACCAAGUAAGAAACCCAUCUGUCCCUGGAUUUGACCGUGAAAAUUCUUCCCUUGGAGCCCCUCUCAAAGACCCUCGUCAGGCCAGAGGCUCACGCCCACCAUCUUCUUAACCUUUAGUGGACGAGGACGACAUAAAGGGAGUAUAGUCGGCCAGAAAGGUCUCGAAGGUCCACGGCUCGUCAACCUCCUUGACUGUCUGGACUGGUUGCAGCUUCGACGCAGAAGCUGGGGCUCGUUCAGAGGCUGGAGAAAGGCAAGUAGGCAAUUUCAAUCAAGUCUUGGUCAGCUCUCACCGCUUCUCCACAAACAAGGGGCGCCAGCGUCAACAGCCAAACAAGCUCUGCAGGUUGCCCCGCAACAAGUCAACAAAGCCAAAAAG